AUGGGUUGUUUUUAUUCUAGGCGCAAUGAAGAGGAGGACACGGUAUACGACAUGACACCAAUACGGCAUCUGCCCGUCAUUUUCGUCAAUGGCGUCCCGGGCGCCGGCAACCAGACUGUCGCACAGACCAUGUCCAAUAUCACUGGAUACACAAUGAUCAGGCCCGGUGAGCUGGUGAGGGCUGAAGCACAGAAAGACACGGCCAGAGGUCGUCUUAUUGCUGAUAAGUUGCAGGCACAGGAAGAUAUUCCUGAGCAAAUGACAGUAGACCUCAUAAAAGAGGCAAUGCUGCAGCAAGCGGAAGCCAAGGGCUUCAUAUUGGUUGGAUUCCCGAAGAAUCCACGGAUGUCUAACAUAUUCAACAGACAGGUCAAGUGGCCUGAGAAGGUUGUGGCGCUCGAAGUCGACAAUGAGGUUGCCGCAACCAGAUUGCAGAAUAAGCUGUCUGAACUGGGUAGACCAGAGUCCGAGAUAAAUGCAGCGCGGCAGAUCGUGAGGGAAGCCGCUCACAAAGUUAAAAACGUUCACAAAAGAUUCGGCGGCCAUGUCGUCACGUUGGACAGCAGCGGCAAUCCGAAGGCGUUAGCGACGACUCUCAAAGAAAUCCUGUCAGAUACGAUAGAGAAGUGUCAAAAGAGGCCGGAUUCUCCGUUGGCGGACCCCGGACCCCCCACAGCUGUGUCAGCCCCCGCCGUAGCACCGCUCUCGACCCCCCUCACGAAAGCCCCCAUAGAGCUCAAAGAUGAAGAUUGUUGA